AUGGCCCCCCAUGUAACACCCACCACCAAACUGCAAAUAAUCGGCGCCUUCAAGCUCCUUCGCUUUUUGCGUUCCCGCCACCAGUUUCCCCCGGGAACCGUUUCAAAUAAUGACAUCUUCCGCCUCUUCUCCGUUUCGCGCACCACCGGCUACCGCGUGCUCUCAGAAAUCUCCGUCCCCGGCCCGGACGGCGAGACCCACCACCCGCUGACGCAAGCGGAGCGUGCGCUUUUGGACGCCGAGACGGCAGCGGCCAUUGAGGAAGAGGAAAAUGCGCGGAUUCAGGAGAUCAUCAACAACCCCCGUGAGGAAACGCGGGGGAGGAAGAGGAAACUGACGGAACGGGAUGUGGAGGUUAUUGAAAAUUGGUUGGAUCGCAACGGGGGAAGGGGCGAGGUGAAGUGGAAGGAUGUACCGGUUGCGGCGGGGUUGGGGCAGAUUCCGGGGAAGGAUGGGAAGGGGGUGGUGAGCGGGGUUACGGUUAAGAGGGCGUUGACGGCGUGGAGGGAGAGGAAUCGGGAAUUGGACGUGGAGGAUUGGACGAGGGCGAGGGGCGCGGGGGGGCUGAGGGGGAGUGAGAAGGCUAGGGAACGGUGGGGACGGCCUAAGGAUGGAGGUUCUGGGAGUAGUGGAGGUGGUGGGAAUGGGGCCGCGGGUCAGGCUGGGAAUAGACAGGGUGCAGAAGCGGGAGAGAGGGAAGGGAGGGAAGGGCCGUCGGAAAGUGAGAGUGAGAGUGAUGAUGAAAGUGUGGUGGAAACGGGAGCUGGACCUUCCGGAACUGCGGCUGGGGCGGCGUCUGGAACGGCAAGCGCGAGUGGAAAUGGAAGUGGAAGUGCUGCUGUGGUACCCGUCCCGGUAACAGGAAACGGCGUUGAAUAUGGUAAUGCGGGCGGAAGUCGAGACCAGCAAAGUCAGGAGCAGCAAAACGCCAGCAGAAGAUCUCAAGGCCCCGAUCCCAGAUAUCUGUGGAAGAACCGAGCAGAAAUCGAAAGAGCCGCAAGAGAAGCUGAGGCUAGACGGCGGGCUGAGGUGAUAGCUGAGGAAAGAGCUAGGGUUAAGCAGGCGACUGCGAAGGAACGAUAUCGUUUAUCGAGACAGAGGAAACGGCAGCAGCAGAAGCUGGAGAAGCAGCAGCAGCAGCAACAAUUGCAGCAACAGGGUCAAAGUCAGGGUCAAGGUCAGAACGUCCCUCCUCUUGCGCCCAUACAACAGCAACAGCAACAGCAACAACAACAACAACUACCUCAACCACAACAACAACAACAAUUACCUCAUCCAUCUCAUCAACCAUCACAACAUCAGCCACAGCAUCAACAAUAUCCACAGCAACAUCAACAUCAACAUCAACAAGGGCAAAGGCCAUACACAUCAAUGAGCUUCAUCCCUCUCCCCACCUACGGCCAAAACGGAGCCGGAGCCGCAAGUGCCAGCGGAAGCAGAAGGGGAAGCGGAAGCGGAAUUGGUCUCUCAAGUGCACAACAGAGCUUUAACAGCAACAAUAACGGGGUUGCAGUCGGUACUGGCAAUUGGAAUGGCGGAAACCCCGGGGGGCAUGCCAAUGGUGGCGGCGGCGGCGGAGAUGCGGAAGAUAUCCUGAUGCUAGGUCGACUUGCUGGCGUGCUGAAUUAG